AUGAAUUCUUUGAAGCGAAGGGUUCAGUGCAACUCGCACUUUAAGGAAUUCCCAACAAAGGACCAGAAAAAGAUCAUGGAGUAUGUACAGCUGCAGCUACAGUUCUGCGCCGACAUCACACGCCUUUACUCUAUUUCUGAUCCCGAAGAACUCAGCGCAUUCAUCCAACAUACAUUCUCUUUUAUGUCAAAUGUUAUCCUGCCAGACCAUAAGGCUUUACGCGAGAUCAUUGACAAUAACCUCGUCCCUCCCAAGAUACCUCCAAAACCCGUACCGAUUGAUCUCGAUGAAGUCAGUCGUCGCUUAGAAGUGGAAGCCCAGCGUCGAUCGGAAAUCCAGCGUCGUCAAUUGAUCGCAUGGCUUUGGUCCUGGGUGCCCUGGCCUUUCGCCACAAAAGAGCCUGCAGCUACAGAACAGGAAACUGGCAAAGGGACAAAGAGGACCCGAGAGGAUGUCAGAGACGAAGAACUUCCGCGACGUCAGAAGGUUAUUAGAAAGUGCAAAUCUACGGCGGUUGCUAGUAAACUAGACUCUGAGCUUUGA